AUGGGCUACUGGAGGCUGAGUCCUCGUUUGCGGUGUUUUGCUCCCUCUCCAUCAAUUGUAACACCGAAAAUAUUUUCAAUUAAACCCUCCCCUCCUCUCACAGCAUCCCCAGGAGUAGUGUCAGCCCCUCUCAACAUCUCCAACUUCACUCAAGCCUUUACAAACCCAGUGCCAAUUCCAAUCGGUUUCCAAAGGCAUUGGCACAAGCCAUCCCCCAAAGUACAUUCAUACCCUCGAGUCAGCGACAGACUUCGCAUCCUGGCCUUUCGGAAACUUAGAUUACAACUGCACUCCACUUCUGCAUCAUCCCACCAUCCCUUUAUGAGCAUUAGCAUCUCCACGACGUUCCAAUUUUGGUAUUAAAGGGCCCAGGACACUCACCAACGUCUUAUCCAUCUCAGAAAUAACUGGAGCCACGGUGUUUGUCUCGGAAGGGCUUCGGUGAAUUGAACUGAUCCUAAUUUACGACCGCUGGAGUAUAUGGAGACGGUAACGCCAACUACAAAUCAUAAUAUUGAGUUCAGAUGGGAGAGCUGGCUGCUCGUUCAUCGGUUUUGGGAUUUAUAUCGAUUUACGGAAACUGCAAGGUAAGCAGAGGGUUACCAACGAGUGCUGGA